AUGAACUCCCUUCGCACAGCGGCGGCGUCCCGUUCAUUACUGGCUGCCAUGGUCACCCGGCCAGUCUGUCUGGCAAGUGUGAUGAUUGCCAGACGGCCAACCACGGCGGUGGUGGCGCCGAGGCGACUGGGUCCGGGGUUGGGGCUGGUGGUGAGGACAAAGACGACAAAGAGCGCUCUUCACCUGCAGAUGAAUGCGAAGAAGAAGGCGGACGCGAUUGCGGAGAGGGAGAGGGAGAUGGAGAGGAAGAUGGAGGAGGCGAAGGUGCUGGGGGAGAGGUUGUAUUUGUGGAAUCACAUCCAGGCGAAUCAUGUGCUCUGGAGCACGACGAGGGAGCUGAGGGCGAAUAAAUCCCUGAGACAGGUCCAGUUCACGGGCAAAAAGAACACUCUGAUCAAGAUCCGCAAGGAUUACUGGAGGCCUAUGGCUACGAUUCAGUUCCCUGAGGGGGGAGGGGGCGGCGGGCCUUGGGAUGAUGGGGGGGAGGAGGCGAAGAGGUUGUUGAACUUGACCAAGAAGGAGAGGGGGAGGGAGUUGAAUGAUCAGAAGGGGAAUACUGUGGCGGAUAUGGCGUUUGUGCUUGGGGGUGGGGGGAAGGGGAACAAGGUUGCGAGGAAUUUUGAGGAGAUUAGGGAGUGGAGGGAGAAGAUUAGUGAUGAUAUGAAAAAAAGAAAAGAGUUGGAGAAGGAGUUGGAGGAGUUGGAGGAGAACAAGAUGAAGUUGGAGGAUACGCAGAGAGAGGUGCAAAGGAAGGUGAAGGACGUUACAGAGGGGGACGGGCAGCUGGAGGGGGAGGGGGAAGGCGGGGGGGAGGAUAUGGAGGUGAAGGAAACUAAAAAGAUCGCAAAGGUGAAGAAGCAGAUCGAGGAGGUUAAGAAGCAGAUCCAGGAGCUACAACCACUGGAGGAACCGGUCCCGGUACUUCACAAAGUCCGCGUGUUCUGGGCCAACGAGCUCGAUCACCACUUUGCCGAGAGCUGGCCAGACAACGUCGAGCAUGUUCUUGGCUUGCCGGAGGAUGAUUGGACAAACGAGGACUUGGAAAAGAUGAUCGCCAACCAGGAGAGGCUGGUGGACCUUCACGCGGUGUUGGCGGAGAAGAAGCUGGCGAAGAGGGAGGAGAAGGCGAAGUUGAAGGAGCAGCGUGCGGCGAAGAAGGCGAAGAAGAUGCAGCCGUUUUUGCCUACGCCUGAGGGCGAGACUGGGUGGAAGAGUAGACCAAGAGCGCCGAAGCCGUUCACGGGCAAGGCGCCCAAGUGGGCUAAGGAGGGUCUUUAA